AUGGUGGGAUCUGAAAUUGAAGCAUACGUAAAGCGGUCGUAUGAGUUGGCGGACAUGUGCCCGAAUAUGUCCCGACCCAUGCCUCGAAGAAUUGAGUUGUUCAUCAAGGGAUUACCUCCACGAGUGAAGGUGGAGAGUAAUUCACUACCACCGCGUGUUUCUGCCACUACUGCUGCUACAUCCACCGCAACUGUACCCGCUAGUGACAACAAGCGGAAAUGGAACGAUGUUGACAAAGCAACUAAUGCUAGCCAGUCUCAGAAAAGGCCAGAAAAAAGUAUCAACCGCAGUAUCAGUCAGUCGUCUUCCGUCAAUCAAGGCCAAGGAGGUAGCCAAAAUCAGGGUUCUUAUGUUAGGAAGAAGCCACAGUGCAACAAGUGUGGCUAUCAUCAUUACGGGCAGUGCGCCCGGGCAUGCCGCAGGUGUGAGAAAGUGGGCCAUGAGGCCAAAGAUUGUAGGGCCCCGCAGCCGAAACAUCAACAGCAGCAAAACCAGCAGUAUCAGAGACAGCAGAGGCAGCCACCUCAGCAGAAUCAGGGUUUUAAGAAAGGGUGCUAUCAGUGUGGGGAUGAGGGCCACUUCAAGCGGGAUUACCCUCAGUUGAAUCAGAACGCCAACGAUAACAACCGCCAGAAUAACAACAAUGCUGGAAACAACAACAACAAUGGCAACAAUGGGGGCAACAGUGCUCGUGGAAGGGUGUUCAUGAUCGGGGCUGGGGAUGCUAGGAACGACGGCAAUGUCGUGGCUGAGUUUAGCCAGCGACUAGGAUUAACUCCCACACCUUUAGAGGUUAAGCAAGUAGUAGAAUUAGCCGAUGGUAAAACGAUAGAAGCUUCGCAUGUCCUUUUUGGGUGUAAACUAGAUCUCGUGGGUCAAGUAUUUGAUAUUGAUCUUCUUCCUAUUACCCUCGGUAGUUUUGAUAUAGUGGUUGGUAUGGAUUGGCUAUCCAAGCACCAAGCUGAGAUUCUAUGUAAGGAAAAGAUUGUGCGUAUCCCUACACCUGAAGGAGAGCCAUUGUUGGUUCAGGGGCAUCGCAGUGGUGUGAUGGUUGGUAUUAUUUCAUCUAUGCAAGCACAGAAAUGCCUACGAAAGGGGUAUCCUUCUAUUUUGGCACUUGUUAUGGAUACUCCGUCAGGAGAAAGGAAGAUCGAGGAUCUGCCAGUGGUACAUGAAUUCGCCGAUGUAUUUCCUGAGGAGCUUCCUGGCUUACCUCCUCAUCGCCAAGUAGAAUUUCAGAUCGAACUUGCACCAGGAGCAGCUCCAAUUGCUCGUGCUCCUUACCGUCAGGAACCUAACUUCUAG